UGCUGAAGUGCAUCUAUUCCAAUCUUUACUACAAAAACUAGAUGCAAAGAACGAAGCUUUCAACAUCAUUUAUUAAACGUUCAUAAAUUGUCACAGGGAGCAAGAUGGAGACAUCUACAGUGACAACAGAUGAGGCUGUAGUUACAACAGAAUUUUAUUACGGUGACAUCCCUACACCAUGCUACAGUGUUGCUGUCCAAGAAUUUGCUUCCCAUGUUCUACCAACACUUUACUCUUUGGUGCUCAUAUUUGGCAUGCUGGGCAAUGCACUAGUUGUGCUGAUCCUCGUCAGAUAUAAGAAACUCAAGAGCAUGACCGACAUCUACUUGCUGAAUCUGGCCAUCUCUGACUUGCUUUUUGUGGUCUCGCUCCCAUUUUGGGCUUAUUCUGCAGCCAAUGAAUGGAUAUUUGAAGAUGCAAUGUGCAAAAUCCUUUCUGGGAUAUAUCUUAUAGGCUUCUACAGUGGGAGCUUUUUCAUCAUUCUGUUGACCAUCGAUCGGUACUUAGCAAUAGUCCAUGCAGUUUUUGCAUUAAAAGCCAGGACGGUGGUCUAUGGCAUUGUCACAAGUGUUGUCACAUGGUGUGUGGCAAUAUUAGCCUCAAUACCACAGUUGAUUUUUAACAAAUUACAACAAGAAAAUGAUCGCUGCAAAUGCACUCUCAGUUUUCCACCUGAAACACAUGUCAACUGGAAUCAGUUUCUGACACUGAAAAUAAACUUGAUUGGCCUGAUCUUCCCCAUGAUGGUGAUGACCUUCUGCUACACUCGGAUCAUAAUAACCCUGAGGAGAUGCAGAAAUGAUAAAAAGAACAAAGCAGUCAGGCUGAUUUUUAUCAUCAUGAUUAUUUACUUUCUCUUCUGGGCCCCGUACAACAUAGUUCUCCUGCUCCAGACGUUCCAAACAUCAUUUCGUCUUGACAACUGUUAUGACUAUAGUAAUUUGGGGAUUGCGUUACAAGUGACCGAAACUUUAGCAAUGGCGCAUUGUUGCAUUAACCCUGUGAUCUACGCUUUUGCUGGUGAGAAGUUCCGGAAAUAUACAUGCACUUUUUUCCGAAAGCACGUUGCUCUUCAUUUGUCGAAACAUUGCCGUUUUUGGUAUACAGAGCCUGUGGAACGUGCGAGUUCUACAUAUUCCCAUUCCACUGGAGAGCAAGACCUUUCAGCUGUGUUGUAAAGGAUGUCCAAAGGGAAGAUACCAUUCUUAAACUGGAGACUGCAGGUUUUUAGAUCUCUUUGCACACGGGGCUUUGGACAGAACAUAAACAAAUACCUUAUGACAACUUUAGGGUCAAAGACAAGACUUGAAAAUAAGAGACUUUAAUUUCACAAACUGUACAAAAUCAACUCUCACAUGCAGUUGAACUGCAGAUAUUAUAUUCUCAGGGGUUCUGUUAAAAACAAGGAAAGCAAAUCCUUCAUUCAAGCUAGACGUAUACAUUAUAUGCUAUAGUCUUUGAAACUUAUUUGCAUGUGUGUUUUAUGGCAAGACAUAUGGCGCCACAGGACUUUUUGACUCGGGGCCCUUCUACACUGCCAUAUAAUCUAGAAUAGCCAGAUUAUCUGCUUUGAACUGGGUUAUCUGAGUCUACACUCAGUUCAAAAGCAGAUAACCUGGAUUUUAUACAGCUACAUAGAAGGAGUCUAAGAUUUCUAGAUUUAGUAUAGGUUACAUAACAUACCGAAUGUCCUUGUAUGCUGCUGCUGUUUCUUCCUCUUCUCUAAGCACAUCGAAUACCUGGACUUUCCCAUUUAGCAGAGUAUUAUAUGCAGGUUCAUGCACUGAAUUGUAAUGUUUUAGACAGAGUAGAUCAGUAAAAAUCAAUGAUCACUAAAAUCAGUUAUUGAAGUCAACAAAGAUAGGUUUUGUUUUAAUCACUGAUUUAAACCUGUUUCACCAUUGGUAAAGGAGCCACAGUGGUGCAAUGGGUUAAACCCUGGUGCCGGCUGAACUGCUGAUCUGAAGACCUGAAGGUCAGUGGUUUGAAUCUGCAAAACAGGGUGAGCUCCCAUCUGUCAGCUCCAGCUUCCCAUGCAGGGACAUGAGAGAAGCCUCCCACAGGAUGGUAACACAUCAGGGCAUCCCCUGGGCAACGUCCUUGCAGAUGGCCAAUUCUCCCACACCAGAAGUGACUUGCAGUUAUUCCCAAGCUGUUUCUGACAUGAUAAAAAAAAACAUUGGUAAUAAUAUGUUAUAUAUUUUGUAGGCAGUGGCGUGUUUCUGGCCACUGCUGAAAUAUGUGCAUUUGCAACUGAAGUACUGAUAACAAUAUGAAACUGUGCAAGUAUGUAUCACACUGUAUAUAUCUACAAUGUUUAUUCCCUCUUUAAUCUAUAGAAUAAAAACAAAAUGUCCCCAUAUGUAAGGAUUGAAUUGCUGACAUGGUGCACUAGGAGGUUCAAUAGGAGAAAUAGGAAAGUACAUUUACGUUUGGUUUGUGGAACUGCUCUAUUUUGCUUUGCUUGGCCUUGGCCCAGCCACAUCCAGAGCAAAAACAAAUCUCAGGCAAACAUGAAAUGCAUGAGAAACAAGCAGGGAAGAAAGAUUGCAGUUAGAGACAUGAAAAGAGAAGGAGGGAGUCAAGGCGAAUUUAACACUCUGGGCAGUAAUGGAAAUUACUCCUAUUCUCGUACUGGCUUUAGCAUUCGUUAAAUGGGGCAUUCUAAAAUUUUCUAUCUUCAGACCUACUGAGAAGGCCGAAAAUCUUGUAUACAGUGACAAAAUGACAGCUAUAUUUGGCAUUAUCAUUUAGGAAUGACAUGCAAUUUUUUUUACUGGUAUCAGAUUUCCCUCAUCCACUUCAUUUUUCUUAUUUUUAUCAUGUCAGGAGCGAUUUGAGAAACUGCAAGUUGCUUCUGGUGUGAGAGAAUUGGCCGUCUGCAAGGACAUUGCACAGGGGACGCCCGGAUGUUUUGAUGUUUUACCAUCCUUGUGGGAUGCAUGGGGAGUUGGAGCUGAUAGGGGGAGCUCAUCCGCGCUCUCCCCGGAUUCCAACCUCCGAUCUGUCGGUCUUCAGUCCUGCCGUCACAGGGGUUUAACCCACUGCACCACUGGGGGCUUCCACCUCAGUUUAUAACAAUUGUGCCAUUUUAUGAGGAUAACCAGGAGAUUUCAAUUGUGCUCCUCAAUUAAAAUGAUAAGAUAUGGUUUAUUUAGAAGAGCCUCAACAUAGGGCUGGUGGUCAACUGCACCUCUAUAAUACAUCCGGGAACCUGAAACUUAUUCCUUUCACUUUUCUCAUAGGCAUACUUUAUACUUUAUAAGAGUGCUAGAGUAACAGCCCUGCAAAAGUUCCCACCCUGGAUUUUAUACAACGAUGGCUGUGCCAUGAAUGUCCAAUGUGUGGAAAUAUAUAAUACUUUCUGAGUCUGCCAAUUUGCUGACAUUAUGUUUUGUUUUUACAAGAAUAAACUAUUCAUGAUUGUUUACGUA